CAGACUCGAGGACGGCGUCUCUGAUCAAACACAGCUGCUUUAAUCACGUCCUCAGAUCGGUAUCGUGGGUCCAAAAGUGGGCUGGGUUUGAGAAACACUGGGAGGAUCAACUCCAGCUGGAAUUUAAAUGCGCAUUUUCCGCGUUGCUGUGUGAGAGGAGUGUCUGAAGCCAACAUGCAUUGAGGUUAAAACGCAGAGAAAGGAGACAUGGUGCUGGGACUCAUAUCCAACGCUGUGGCUGCAGUCGGCGGCCUCAUCACCGGCGUGAUGAACUAUCUGACCGACAUGUUUCUGACUCCUCCGCUGAAGGCAACUCUCACACAUUUGGAGGAAGCUGAGCUCAAAACUCUGAAAGGAGAAACAAGGACCCUGAAAGCAAAAACUCUGUGGGAGCGGUCUGGAGCUGUCAUCAUGGCAGUGCGGAGACCUGGAUGAUUUUUGUGCAGAGAGGAAGCUGCAGAGCUGUCCUCUCUGAAACCCCAGCUGGACGAGCUCGGGGUCCCGCUGUACGCUGUGGUGAAGGAGGACGUCGGCACCGAGGUCCAGAACUUCAGACCGUACUUCAAGGGGGAGAUCUUCUUGGAUGAAAAGAGGCGUUUCUAUGGGCCCCGUGAGCGGAAGAUGGGUCUCCUGGGUUUUCUGCGUGUUGGAGUGUGGAUGAACGGCCUGAGGGCGUUUAAGGGGGGCUUCAUGGGGAAUAUUUCGGGAGAGGGCUUUGUCCUCGGUGGGGUCUUCGUCAUCGGACGAGGACAGCAGGGAAUACUUCUGGAGCACAGAGAGAUUGAAUUUGGAGAUAAAGUCAACAUUGAGGAAGUCAUCAUAGCUGCCAGAAGAAUAUCACAAGAACUUCUGCCUUUGGAGAGGAAAUAAUGCUUCAUAUCACCCAAAAAGAUACAAAUCUCUUAUCUGCAAAACACUCACAACCAUUUAAAUGACGCCCAGAUGUACAAAUUAAAAUAUGAGUGUUAAAAAAAGGUUUGAUGUUAAAGUUUGUGAGAAAGUGAUCUUUGUAAAGUGCAGAUUAGCGCUGUGAGUUUGUUGGUUUAUUGGUCUCAGGGGGAAACCAGGAUGAAUUUUUGGGGGUAUGACUGCGUAUUCGAGGCUCUGAGUGUGUUAAUGAUGGUCUGUCUUUAAACUCAAGAGAGGGAGCAGACCUGAUAUGUAACACUCAGUUUCCUGUUUUACUCUGUGGUGCUCUUUUGUCGCCUUGGGAACCAAAACAUUGUGACCUUUUGACUAAUAAAACACGGCUUUGUGCUCUACA